UAGCAUUUAUUAAACAAUAAUAUCAUAAAAAGAAAAAAAAAUUAAGUAUUCUUGUUUAUAAGGUAAAUCUUCACGAGGCCCGUGUUGCAUGCCCUGUAAGUUUACCUGAAGAGAAUCUCAGCUGCCGUAAGCUUAAUUGAGCUUAUCAUUGGUCAUUUCGUCGACUGAGAUAAGAUUUUCUCAAACUGAUAAAAUGGUUUACCUUGGCGUUGUACGUUCAAAUAAUGUUUCAUUAGUCUAAUUGUGCAUCUCAGAUAAUCAACAAUGACCAUAGAAAAUGUUCCCGGUACCGAAGCAGGGGCAGUCAAGGAUAGAGACGCCGGGUGGAAGUUCUGGAAAACAAGGCGUUACAUGGUAGUCUUGAUGACCCUACUUGGCUUUCUCGGCUGCUAUUCAAUAAGAGUCUGCCUGAGUGUAGCUAUAGUAGCGAUGACUGAGAAAUUCAAUACAACCUUAGAAAAUGGGACAAUAAUCGAGGAUCAGCAUUUUGACUGGAAUUCCAAGGAACAGGGACUAAUCCUUAGUUCAUUCUUCUACGGCUACGUCUUCACUCAAGUUCUGGGAGGUGUAUUGGCUUCGAAGUUUGGUGGUUACUAUAUUUUCGUUUCUGGCGUUGGAGGAUCAUCUCUCAUGGCUCUCCUAAUCCCAGUUGCUGCAUCUUUCAGUAUUUACAUGUUAAUGACUGUUCGCAUCCUGGAAGGAUUGUUUGAAGGCGUAACUUUUCCAGCGAUGCAUGCCUUGCUUAGUCGUUGGGCCCCUGUUUGUGAACGUUCCCGUAUGGUUAGUCUCUGUAUUUUGGGUUGUCAUGGGGGAACAGUUAUUGCUAUGCCUCUAUCAGGAGUCUUAGCAGCAUCCCUUGGAUGGAAAAGUGUAUUCUAUUUCUACGGAUGCUUCGGAACUCUAUGGUGCAUAAUCUGGUUUCUAUUGAUAAGAUCAUCUCCAGAAAAUGAUCGCUUCAUCUCCAAAGAGGAAAGUCUGUACAUCGCCAAGAGUUUAGGAAACGAAAACGGACCUAAAGAAAAGAUCAAACAUCCUUGGAAUAAGAUUUUGACAUCAACUGCCGUUUGGGCAAUUGUGAUAUCGCAUAUUGCAGGAAACUUCGGAUUCACAGUGUUCCUUACUCAAAUGCCGACAUUCUUUGCGGAUAUUCUCGAGUUCAAUGUACAGGAUUCAGGGAUCAUCUCAGCCAUCCCUUACCUGACUAUGAGCUGCCUUUUGGUAUUUGGAGGAUAUCUUGCAGAUUGGUUGCAAAUCAGGGGAUUUUUGAACACAACUCAUGUACGAAAAUACUUCACUUCUGGAGCACUUCUAGCACAAUGCGCCUUUAUCCUUUUAGUUGCGUUUAUUGUUAGUCCAGCAGGGAUUAUUACUUUCCUGACAUUGACCGUAGGUUUUGCAGGCCUAGCCAAUGUUGGUUAUAUGAUAAACCCUCUGGACUUGGCCCCCAAACAUGCUUCUGUAAUCAUGGGAAUUUCUAACACAAUAGCUAACAUUCCUGGUUUCAUCAGCCCUUCCGUAGUAGGACUAAUUGUGACCGAUAAGUCGAAAGAGCAGUGGCAGAUUGUAUUCUUCAUCGUAGUUGGAAUUAAUGUAAUAGGAUGCCUUUUCUACUGGUUUUUCGCUAAAGGAGAUUUGCAACCCUGGGCUGUUUCAUCAUCAACUGAUCCAGCGGAAUCCGUCAAUGUCAACGACUCUGAGAAAAAUAUUGCUGGAAAAACUUUAUGAUGCCGUUUAAAACUUUAAGAGUCUAAGGCAAAGAUACAUGCAUCAUCGUUAUCGUGGACUUUUUUUUUCAAUCUCAGUUUUUGUAGCCCUAAAAGAAAUUGAACUUGAUGUGAUCGAAUCCAAACUUUGGAGGAAUGCGUUUUGACACUCAUAAAUUAAGAAUAUGAUAGUCGUAAAAAUUUAUUUUCAUGAUUCUUGUUCAUCAGUAAUAUACAGUAUUUGAUAAAAAAAAUCGAAUAUGGUUUGUGUAGUAAAAUAAUGAUGUUAAUAUUCUUCUUCCCCUGUUUCCUCUCCAAGUAUCGUGUCGUCAUAAUCAAUAGAUCAAUUAGCAAAAACAAGAAUACCAAAUAGUAUGUUGGGAUUUAUAUUUUGAACUAAAUAUAAAGAAUGUCUCUUAACAUUCCGAUCCGUAGUCUUCCUUCCGUACUUGAUAUUCAUCCUAACAUAUUUCCGAUUCCUAUAAAUAUUUCCUAAACUGACUUGGCCUGCAGAGCAAUACAUCCAGGAAUUUUAUUGGGAUUCUAGGAUGCAAGCCUAUAUUCUCAGAGGUAAAGUGGCGCACUUUUAAGGGUCUUAAAUACUUCUACACUGAAAAAAAUAUUUCGUGAUUUGGUUUGUAAAUGUUUGUGAAAUCCUAUUGGGGACUUAUGAAAAUCAACAAUAAAAAAAUAAAACUGGGAAACAUAA